AUGAUCCGACCUUGUGAUCCAGACUUUGGUGAAAACAGAGCAAAGUUCGCGAUUUGGAAGCAUUUGAGCCUUCUCGGUUCUGCUGAGUUAUACAGUUUAUGGGUUGGUUGUUUACCGAACAUGCAUUUCGUUAUUCCGAAGAAGAAACGAGUGGUGGAGAGACCAGAAAUAGACACAUCAUUGCUUGAGCCCAAGGCUAUCAUCGAAGAUGUGUCGCCUGACUCAUCGAUCUUCACUGCAAUAAAGAAAGUGGUAAUGGAAGGCACGUCUGAUCGGCAGACACACCUAUUCAUGCAUGCGGACAGAAUUCAGCUCAUCAAGAAUCGGUUCCUCGAACACAAGUACGGCCAGUUCAAGGCAAAUCUACGAUUGGUAGGACAAAGUGACGCGGAAAGUUACGAAUUCCUUCUCAUUGGAUUUGAUCCCGACGAUUCGAAAUACAUAGCGGAUAAUGGUUAUACCGUCGGAACUGCGUUUUGUGGUGAUUUGGGUCUGGUGUCGCGAGGUGUAUAUCUCUACCGUUACGUGGAUCUGGUAACUCCUUCAAUUUUCUUCAAAGAUGAGAUUAUGCGAGUGAUGGUUUUCCGAACUCUGAGAGGCAAAUGCUACGCUGUGGGUUUGGGUUCUACAGAGUUGGAGCCUACUUUGGAGUGUUCAAGUCAUAUUGCGGCCCCCGAUCAUAUUCCCGCUGCGAAAAAGAACCGUCAGCAGCUACAUCGUCAGGCAGCGGUUUAUCAUUACGAAUACAGCAAGGAUAUGUCAUUGGCUGAGGUCCCAUCUGGUGUAUUACCAUAUGCAAUAGUGGACCUGCGAUUUGGUCUUUCUGAAAAGUGCCAACAUAAUAGUAUUCCUCCAAUAUUAGGUUACGUGGAUGAUCCACUUCAUUUCUACACGACUUACGAAGGAGAGCUGAAAAUUUGCUCAGCAACUUAUACGAACGCGACACUUUGUACUGUUUUCGAAGAUGCAAUCAAACCAAACGGAUUAGAUGGAUCAUUGGAGUUCAUGAAAUUGAUGAAAUGGCCAGACGUCUAUGAUAUAAGAGGGGUUGCUCAGCUUAUGGCUCCCGACGUUUGGGGUGCAAUAGUGAAACAACGUGAAGUUUGCGUAAAGAAUUCAAAAGAGCAAAAGUGGAAAUUCCUGUAUGUGUCUCAUUUUGUCUGGGUCAGUCGUGAAGAUGGUUUUGCAACAAUGGUGAACGCAAUGCGUGUGGAACAAUGUGCAGCUGUUUCCUAUUCAAUAGACGCAACUACCUACGUGGCAUUCCCCUCCAGCCAAUUCUCGAACUUUUUCGGCUUACCUUGGUUUCAAAUUCCUUCUCUGCAUGUUUUGGUUAUUAACGCUAAUCCACUGUUCUAUGCUGAUCCAAGUGACCUGAACAGUCUCAAUGAUGAAACUGAACUGAUAAACAAAACUCCACUCGGUACCGCCGUUUUGGAUGGUGACGAUGUUACGCUUCAGCGCUUUCUUGAAGCAUCGGAUAAACAAAAUCCAAAUAGCUCCCAGACUGGUCAGUCCGAUGUACAUGCUUCCUCUGUAGUUUCUGCACAAGAGUCACCAACACAAAUUAGCGAACAGUCUUAUAAAUCGGCAUGUGAUUCGUAUUCUCUUCACGAUGAUGUGAAUGAUGAAAGAUCCAUUCCGCUUCCACUGGUAUCUUUGCCACCAUCGGCUGGUAAAAGUUGCCUACGUGCUAAACCACCACAGGUUUUUGUAACUCAUCCCCCACUCAUUGGAAAAACUGUGCCUCCCCCGGCUCCUGGCAGUGUACGAAAUUCGAAUGAAAAUAAAUGUCGGAAGAAGUUAUCGAACGAUCGUGACGAAGCAGUUAAAGCUGGACUUCAUGGAAGAAGUACUAAGGACCCUCCACUUGAAAAUGAUCAACUAUCGAACUCGUCUGUUUUUGGCGUAAUUCCCGAUCCAUCUAUUACGGGCACAAAAAAUAAGGAUCUGUUUCAGGGUGUGUUUAGCACAAUUGCGAAAGGUAGUAGUAUGGAUGCUGGCGCUGCAAAUGUUUUACAAGACGAUACACCUGUUUUGCUUGCUAACAGUGAACCCUCGAAAAACUCCUCGAUACCUAGGCGACUUGGACAGACUAAAAAUUGCAUUAUAACAUCGCUUCCAUUGCCACAAAUGAGUCGUAUUGCAGAUGGUAAUAGAGAAGCCGGUGGACAAGCAGCUUCGAACAUGAUUGGCCAGUCCUCUGAAGAUGAGUUGACCAUUUGUGAUAUGGAAAUUGAAUCUGGUUCUGAAGGGGCUCUAAGUCCACCCCCAGCUAAGCGUUCUCCUGAGCGAAGUGAUGAGGUGAUUGAUUUCAUUGAUGAUCACGAUGAAGAUUACGAUGCCCAGUUCAAAUGUGAGUCUUCGAGUUCAUGGGAAUCACAGACCACUUGCUCACCCCAACCAGUUUCCACGUCCUUUUCAGCAGAACAAGACCAGACGUCAUCAACACACGUGAAAUCAGUUCGCUCAGAACAUGAUUCUCACAGUGAAAAUAUACCAGCAUCGUGCGUAGCAGUUGAGCCUUUGGAGGAACAUUGUUCUGAUAGCCCAGAGCUUUCUUCUGAGCACCGUAGUUGUACUAGUCCAUCACCAGCGGUUGCUUCAGAAAUGCCAGAAAAUGUCAUAAGACUGCUAGAAUUACUGCGUGCUAAUGAGUCAGCAGCCUUAUCUCGUGAUACUGAUCUGCGCAUGAGGCCUUCAGUAACCACUUCUUCGGCAACGAGUACACAAUCUGGAGGACCGCGGAAGUCACGAUUCGAUCAGCCGCCACCCGAACUUGCUGAUCAAACUGGAUUCGUCCCCAAACCCGUUCCUACUGCAUCUAAAGUAGUACCGCCUUCUACGGUUCCACAAAAUGCUCUUCCUUCUGCCUUGCCACAAGCAUUUGGUCUCAAUAAAGAGAAGCCUCCGGAUAGCACUAAAUUGUUUCAUAUUCUUACAGGAGCUCGAUUACUUCAAUCACAACGUGAUAAGCAAGCAACUGAGUGUUCUUCUUCAUCCAUUUCAAAUAUAUCGGCCGCAUCUGUGACACUACCAAAAAACUCUGUUCCGCAACCGUCAGUGACUGUAGCUGACCAAGCAUCGUCUAACUCUAGAUUAUGUCAAGCUGUCACUUCAACUGUUGGAGGUUCGAUUAUGAGUUCAAGUAGCACUACUCAAUGUGAUCCCUAUUCUACGCCUGCUAUUGUUAAUCGGCCCAUUGAUAAAACUGUACUUGGGUUGGCAUUAGGAUUGUCUGACGACGCCGUUAAACAAUUGAUGAAAAGGUCAUCGGCUGAAUCACGUCCACCCGAACUAUUGGCCAACCAAAACCCAUCAAUCUUGUUAGAUGCACCGGCGUCACCGGAUCCGGAGGGACCUGCUUCACCAGACGCGCCGGCUUCUCCAGAUCCAGAAGAAAGCACGAGUGGAACGUCGGGCAUAUUCAGACGAAUAACACAUUCUGAGAUACCACUCGAUUGUUGGCAGCCUUCAAAGGAUAUUCGGUCCAUCACUGAUAAGUUGAUUUCCAUCCGAACUCCUAGAAAGCCAAAACGUCCAAAGGACCAUGAUGGAAUAAGUGAAAACAGCGCAACAGGGGUGUGUCCAGCUGCAGACGAUGAAGAAGAAGAGGGCGAAAUAUUGAGCGAUGGUUCGGACGAUCCUCACGAAGCUCCACAACCUAUCACGGUGAUUGGUGCUUCAUCGAAUAAUUUUCAUUCAUCAUUUGCCGGGGCAAACAAGCCAAAAAAAUCAGAGGGAGUUCAUCCAAUGUGUUAUCCUUUAAUCAAUGCGGGUGCCGAGCAUGUGACGAAAAUGGGGCUAGGUCGCAGCCUUUUUACCGACCAACCACUGGGAACAAAUGAACUUUACAACGAUUUCCCUCUUCUCUCCCAUACAUUUGCAACGUCAUGGCCUCCUAAUGAAUGUGUACAGCACAUAUUACAAGGUGGCGACUUUCAGUACAGCACUACACGACAUGAAAAUCCACCUUUUACUGUUAUACUGCCUGAUUUCAUGAUGUUCAACCGAACAGCAAUGUUUGAAUUUGCAACGACGAGAAUGGACCCAACUGGAUUUGAAUCCUUUUGCGAACGCCUGAAGGUUGUACAAACAGAGGAGAAUCGAAGAGUUUCAUUACAUUUUCAUGAAAGGCUGCUGCAGUACAUCAGCGAAAUGAUGCAAACACUGGCGGGUUCGGACAGUGGCAAUGCAUUUCACUCGUAUUACUCUGUAAUACUGAAAUAUAAAAAUCUGGGUAUCGUUCACUUUAUGGAACGGCACGCAUGUGAUGACAGUGAUGUUUCUGCCGCACAGACAAUCAACUGUUUCAUGGGUUUACGAAAGAGUUGCCAUCCAUCUACCAUCCUUAUAUAUAUGUCGAGUAAGGCUUCGGUGUUUUUGAACUACAUCAGUUAA